AAAAAAGGGAUGGAUAGUAACAUCCACCUGAGUAGUUUGAUAAGUCGCCAUGAUGAUGAAGCCACAAGAACAUCUACCUCAGAAGGACUGGAGGAGGGUGAAGUGGAGGGGGAGACUCUCCUGAUUGUUGAAUCGGAGGACCAGGCAUCAGUGGACUUGUCUCAUGAUCAGAGUGGGGAUUCCCUGAACAGUGAUGAAGGAGAUGUGUCCUGGAUGGAGGAGCAGCUGUCCUACUUCUGUGACAAAUGCCAGAAAUGGAUACCAGCCAGUCAGCUGAGGGAACAGCUCAGUUACCUUAAGGGUGAUAAUUUUUUUAGGUUUACUUGUUCCGAUUGCUCAGAAGAUGGCAAGGAGCAGUAUGAAAGGCUGAAGCUAACAUGGCAGCAAGUUGUCAUGUUGGCAAUGUACAACUUGUCUCUGGAAGGAAGUGGACGUCAAGGUUAUUUCAGGUGGAAAGAGGAUAUCUGCGCCUUUAUAGAGAAACAUUGGACUUUUUUACUAGGGAAUAGGAAAAAGACUUCGACCUGGUGGAGCACAGUAGCAGGUUGCCUCAGUGUGGGAAGUCCUAUGUACUUCCGUUCAGGCGCUCAGGAAUUUGGAGAACCAGGAUGGUGGAAACUUGUUCACAACAAGCCCCCAACAAUGAAACCUGAAGGAGAGAAGUUGUCUGCCUCUUCCUUGAAAGUAAAAGCAGCUUCAAAACCAACUUUAGAUCCCAUCAUUACUGUAGAGGGACUUAGAAAACGGGCGAGUCGCAAUCCUGUGGAAUCAGCCAUGGAAUUAAAAGAGAAAAGGUCUCGUACACAGGAAGCAAAAGACAUUAGAAGAGCACAGAAGGAAGCAGCUGGCUUUCUUGACAGGAGCACUUCUUCAACCCCGGUAAAAUUCAUAAGCCGAGGCCGCCGGCCUGAUGUGAUUCUAGAAAAAGGAGAAGUGAUUGACUUUUCAUCCUUGAGCUCCUCUGACCGCACUCCACUGACCAGCCCAUCUCCUUCUCCUUCUCUUGAUUUCUCUGCCCCUGGGACCCCAGCCUCUCACUCAGCCACACCCAGCUUGCUUUCAGAAGCAGAUUUGAUUCCAGAUGUGAUGCCACCACAAGCCUUGUUUCAUGAUGAUGAUGAGAUGGAAGGUGAUGGAGUCAUAGACCCAGGGAUGGAGUACGUCCCACCCCCUGCUGGGUCAGCAGCUUCUGGGACAGUGGUCGGGGGCAGAAAGAAGGUCAGAGCACCUGAGCAGAUAAAGCAGGAGGUAGAGAGUGAGGAGGAAAAACCCGACAGGAUGGACAUUGACAGCGAAGACACAGAUUCCAACACAUCUUUGCAAACAAGGGCCCGAGAAAAGAGGAAGCCACAGCUGGAGAAGGACAGGAAACCAAAAGGGCCCAAAUAUACCCCUGUGAGCAUCUAUGAGGAGAAACUGCUCCUGAAGAGGCUGGAAGCUUGUGCCAGUGCUGUUGCCAUGACACCAGAAGCUCGGAGACUGAAGCGUAAAUUAAUUAUCAGACAAGCAAAAAGGGAGAGGGGAUUACCACUUUUUGACUUGGAUCAAGUAGUUAAUGCUGCUCUUCUGUUAGUUGAUGGGAUUUAUGGGGCCAAAGAAGGAGGAGUUUCCAGCCUUCCUGCUGCCCAGGCCACAUACAGAACCACCUGUCAGGACUUCAGAAUCCUUGACCGAUACCAGACUGCCUUGCCAUCCAGGAAAGGAUUUCGGCACCAAACCACCAAGUUUUUGUAUCGUUUGGUGGGUUCGGAAGAUUUGGCUGUGGACCAGAGCAUUGUGAGCCCUUACACUUCUCGGAUCUUGAAACCAUACAUCAGGCGUGAUUAUGAAACAAAGCCACCCAAACUGCAACUCCUGUCACAGAUUCGUUCCCAUCUGCACAGAAGUGACCCUCACUGGACUCCAGAACCCGAUGCACCUCUCGAUUACUGCUAUGUCCGGCCAAAUCACAUCCCAACGAUAAACUCUAUGUGUCAGGAGUUUUUCUGGCCUGGCAUUGACCUAUCCGAGUGCUUGCAGUACCCAGACUUCAGUGUUGUUGUUCUGUAUAAAAAAGUCAUCAUUGCUUUUGGCUUCAUGGUUCCCGAUGUGAAGUACAAUGAAGCUUACAUUUCAUUUCUGUUUGUCCAUCCUGAAUGGAGAAGAGCAGGGAUUGCAACUUUCAUGAUUUAUCAUCUCAUUCAGACCUGCAUGGGCAAGGAUGUAACCCUUCACGUCUCAGCAAGCAACCCUGCUAUGCUACUGUACCAGAAGUUUGGAUUCAAGACCGAGGAAUAUGUUUUAGAUUUUUAUGAUAAGUAUUACCCCUUGGAGAGCACGGAGUGUAAACAUGCUUUCUUCCUGAGGCUCCGACGCUGAUGUGACUUGAUACAGCUCUUCACGGAGAAACACAUAUACUGUUAGAGACAGGUCUUCACAUAGACCUUACUCAUUUCACUGUGAGUUCUAAUCUCUACGAUUAGACAUUCAUUCAGUCUCCAGCCGAGCUGAGAAAAGAGGUGGGCGAUGGAAUGAAUAGUGAGCAGCCCAACAGCAAAAUCGCUUUCCAGUUCUUCCUGGUGAGGCCAUUGACCCACAUCUUGGGACUCCACAGUUAACUAACACUGAAAGAUGUUGCUCUCCUUCCACCGGACAGUUUUUAAGAAUAAGAGUAUCUAAACUGAUAUUCUUGGUGAGAGCGAAUCUGUCCAUCCUAAUUUAAAGGAUGAGCAAAUGUGAUUGCUGUUAAAGAUUCAUACAGUGUCUGAGAGGCACUAUCCUGUCCUGGGAUGAUGAGGGAUUAUGAGAUGGUUAUCUAAAGGAAUGCCAACCCUUUUCCCAUCCUUGAUGUGUUGUCAUUGAACCUAGCAGGACUUCUAAGUCACUGAGGUACUGUUGUCUCUGUCUGACUUUGGUCACAGUCAGAAUAAACUAAAUGUUGUGUCUUCACAUUGCUUCACCUGUUCUGUUAGCAUCUCCCACCAAGGGCUUGGUCUGGGAAUAGAGGGUCUCGGUUUCCCCAUGCCUGUGAAGUUGGCUUGGUGUUGAGUGGCUGAGUGGCCUGCAUUUAGAUUGAUUGCACCACUGGGUGGAAGUGUGUAGUGGUGGAAGGAGAAUUGGUGUAAGGAGAAAAGACUUACAUUGUCUUUAGGAUCAGGCUGUUUGGUGUGUGGGGGGUGUCGGAGACAGACUCUCAAUCAGCUUUUGCGGGAUCCAGCAGGAGCAUUUCCGAAAGUAUUAGCUAUUCUCAAAUAAAAAUCUUUGCUUGUA